AUGAAAAGCAAGACAGACUCAACAAAAACAACAAACAGAAGAAGUAGAAUAGAUGGAGAACCAACAAGGAGAGCCCGUAAAGUUACAAGAAAUGAUGUGAAAGGUUCAAGACAUGUUCACACACCAACUGAAGUAAGAGACGCUAAAGGCGAUGACACCAAAGUGGAACUUAGCGAAGAACAAAUCUUUGGAUUCGAUUUGGACGAUAAAGAGGAUGAGAUACAAAAUCAAGGGAAUGAUGAAGGCUUCCCAAUGUUUAUUAAAGAGGAAGAAUCAAGUGGAUCUCAUCAAUAUACUUCAAAUACCAAGAGUAAAAAGAUGAAGAAGCCAAUUGUGUCAGGAAAAUAA